UAGUUCAGUUCACUAUAGUAGUGUCUUCGGUGUAUAAAAAGAACUCUGCAAGAAGAGGGUUUUAUGCAUUUGUCGCAACAGCGUCGAAGGAGAUAAUUCCUGCUUUCGUUGGUUUCCGUCGAUAUCCUUCCAGCUAAAAUGCUCACGAAGGCAAAAAUAAUUCUCUUAAUUCAGCUGGUAACUCUGGUACUGGCCGACGUUGCCACAUACGAUGAAGAAGUUUCUGGUAUUGCUGAAAUGGAAGAAACUGCAAUUGCUACGGCCGACGAUUCGUCCUUAGAGAACGCCAUGGACGCAUCGGAGACUUUCCAUCGUCGUUAUUACAAGCCGAGAACCUACUACUACCCAAGAUAUCACUACCCCAGAUAUACUCCAUCUUAUGCACCAACUAGGAGAUAUUACUAUCAGAGGCCCCAAUACAACCAACCAAAUCGCGGCUCUUAUUACCGCCCUGCAUACCGCCCAUCGUACCAACCGCAGUACUACUAUUCUACGAGCAGUUCGUCAGAUUCUUCUCCACCUGUUCAUAGCGAUCCACCACACAUCCCCGAUAUACCAUUCAUUCCUAACGAUCCACCACACAUCCCCGAUACACCAUUCAUUCCUAACGAUCCCCCACAUAUACCACAUGUAGAUAAGUGAAGAGUUCAACCAUCUACAUCAGAAUUACGAAGCACUUGAAAAACUGACCAAGAACAGCAAAAUUGAUUCCGAAACUGACUUUACAAACUCAAUUGUUACCAAUAUGAUUUUUGUUAUCACGCUUCCUGUUAUCGCCCUUUUACUGUUUCGCUUUGCUCAACAAUACAUACACUUUAAUCAGCAAAUA